AUGGGGCAGCCCUGUGCCAGCCAGAGUAGUCUGAAGGACAUCAACUGGGACAGCUCACAGUGGCAGCCCCUGAUCCAGGACCGCUGCUUCCUGUCCUGGCUGGUAAAGAUCCCAUCGGAGCAGGAGCAGCUUCGCGCCCGUCAGAUCACUGCCCAGCAGAUCAACAAGUUGGAGGAGCUCUGGAAGGACAACCCCACUGCCACCUUAGAAGACCUGGAGAAGCCUGGAGUGGACGAGGAGCCCCAGCAUGUGCUGCUACGCUAUGAGGACGCCUACCAGUACCAAAACAUCUUUGGCCCUUUGGUCAAACUGGAGGCUGACUAUGACAAGAAGCUUAAGGAGUCCCAGACUCAAGAUAAUAUAACAGUCAGGUGGGACCUGGGGCUGAAUAAAAAGCGGAUUGCCUAUUUCACACUGCCCAAGACGGACUCAGGUGAUAUGCGGCUGAUGCAAGGUGACGAGAUCUGCUUGCGGUACAAGGGAGACCUGGCCCCGCUGUGGAAAGGCAUUGGUCAUGUCAUCAAAGUCCCUGACAACUAUGGAGAUGAAAUUGCCAUUGAGCUGAGGAGCAGUGUUGGAGCACCUGUGGAAAUCCCACACAACUUCCAGGUGGACUUUGUGUGGAAGUCCACAUCCUUUGACAGGAUGCAGAGCGCCCUGAAGACGUUUGCGGUUGACGAGACCUCCGUGUCUGGUUACAUUUACCACAAACUGCUGGGCCACGAGGUGGAGGAUGUGACCAUCAAGUGCCAGCUGCCAAAGCGCUUCACUGCCCAGGGCCUGCCCGACCUCAAUCACUCACAGGUGUACGCUGUGAAGACGGUGCUGCAGAGGCCUCUCAGUCUGAUCCAGGGUCCUCCUGGCACUGGGAAGACGGUCACCUCUGCCACUAUCGUCUACCACCUGUCCCGACAGGGCAACGGACCAGUUCUGGUUUGUGCUCCCAGUAACAUUGCUGUGGAUCAGUUGACUGAGAAGAUUGACAAGACUGGACUGAAGGUCGUCAGGCUGUGUGCCAAGAGCAGGGAGGCCAUCGAGUCACCAGUCUCCUUCCUGGCUCUGCACAACCAGAUCAGCAACAUGGACAGUAUGCCGGAGCUUCAGAAACUUCAGCAGCUGAAGGAUGAGACCGGUGAGCUGUCGUCUGCCGAUGAGAAGCGUUACAGGGCUCUGAAGCGCACCGCUGAGAGGGAGCUGCUCAUGAAUGCUGAUGUUAUCUGCUGUACCUGCGUCGGCGCUGGAGACCCUCGUCUGGCCAAAAUGCAGUUCCGCUCCAUCCUGAUUGAUGAGAGCACCCAGGCCACCGAGCCAGAGUGCAUGGUGCCCGUGGUGCUUGGAGCCAAGCAGCUCAUUCUGGUGGGUGAUCACUGCCAGCUCGGUCCCGUGGUGAUGUGUAAGAAAGCAGCCAAAGCAGGUCUGUCCCAGUCCCUGUUUGAGCGCCUGGUGGUCCUGGGGAUCCGGCCCAUCCGCCUGCAGGUCCAGUACCGCAUGCACCCUGCUCUCAGCGCCUUCCCCUCCAACAUCUUCUAUGAGGGCUCUCUGCAGAACGGAGUCACUGCAGCUGACCGCAUCAAGAAGGGGUUCGACUUCCAGUGGCCACAGCCCGACAAACCCAUGUUCUUCUACGUGACUCAGGGUCAGGAGGAGAUUGCCAGCUCCGGAACCUCCUACCUUAACAGGACGGAGGCUGCCAAUGUAGAGAAGAUCACCACCAGGCUGCUGAAGGCUGGAGCCAAACCUGACCAAAUCGGCAUCAUCACCCCGUACGAGGGUCAGCGCUCCUACCUGGUCCAGUACAUGCAGUUCAGCGGCUCCCUGCACACCAAACUCUAUCAGCAAGUGGAAAUUGCCAGUGUGGACGCCUUCCAGGGCAGAGAGAAGGACUUCAUCAUCCUGUCUUGUGUGCGUGCCAACGAGCACCAGGGCAUCGGCUUCCUGAACGACCCGCGUCGUCUCAACGUGGCGCUGACCAGAGCCAAGUACGGUGUGAUCAUCGUGGGAAACCCCAAGGCCCUCUCCAAGCAGCCGCUGUGGAACAACCUGCUGAACAACUACAAAGAGCAGAAAGUCCUGGUGGAGGGACCCCUCAACAACCUGAGGGAGAGCCUCAUGCAGUUCAGCAAGCCCCGCAAACUGGUCAACACCAUCAACCCUGGCGGACGUUUUAUGAGCACUGCAAUGUACGACGCCCGCGAGGCCCUCAUCCCAGGCUCCGCCUACGACCGCAGCAAUGCCGGCGGACGUCCGUCCAACAUGUACUUUCAAACUCACGACCAGAUUGGGAUGAUUGGGGCAGGACCCGGUCACAUGGCUAUGAAUAUUCCCAUUCCCUUCAACCUGGUGAUGCCCCCAAUGCCUCCGCCCAGUUACCUGGGGCAGACCAACGGCCCUGCUGCAGGUCGUGGAGCGAUGAAGGGUAAGCCUGGACGUGGCGGGCGGCAGAGGGUCCGAGGGUCGGCCCACCAGGGGGCCAGUCAGGGUAACGGACCAAACAGCCAGGCCAGCCAGGACGGGGCCUCCCAGCCCUUCUCCCAGGGGCCGCUGACUCAGGGCUACAUCAACAUGAGCCAGCCCUCUCAGAUGAGCCAGCCUGGCCUCUCCCAGCCGGAGCUCUCCCAGGACAGCUACCUAGGCGAUGAGUUCAAGUCCCAGAUCGACGUGGCUUUGUCCCAGGACUCUACUUACCAGGGUGAACGUGCAUACCAGCAUGGUGGGGUGACUGGACUGUCACAGUACUAGAGUGUAUCUUUAAAGAAGGGAGCUAGGCUUGAGCUGAGCUUAGUUCAUCAGCUUUUUAAUCUGGGAAAUAAUAAAAACAUAAAAUGGAUACCUGUUUUCCUCUGCUACAACCGAAGCACCACCGAGUGAAAGCGACGGGAUAGCGAAACCAAACCAAUGACCAGCGAGAGAGAUAAGAGGGUGGAAGACGUAGAGAGCACGAACGGACGGGCAUGGAGACGGCGAGAGAGGCCGAGUGAACAAGCAAGAGGCGGGGGCCGAUGCCCGUGCAGUGUGAAGGAGGGGAGUCGAGAAGAUGGCGGCAUGUGGUCGGGCUGCUGAGGGAAACGGAGCGGAGAUCUCAGCGGUCUCUCGUGGGAAUCCAAAUGAGGUUCAAUUCCCAAUAAAAUAAUCCAGCCUACCCCUUCAACCCACAGCCUCCAGGAAGUGUAGGAAAGCCAUCUGAUCUCCAGGUGGGGAUCGACGCUUUCUAGCCGAAUUUGAAGAACUUGUUCUCCAAACUUUGCAGGGGGCUUGAAAACAGAAAGCCAUCGAACAGGAAACACAAAAUCCCAGUGCUAAAAGUCAGUUGGUUUAUCCACCUGAAUCUCUGAAAUGUGGUUUACCAUGGGAGGAGAGGGGCACCAACACUCUUCCAGUGGGCCCUAAAGCCUCAGCAGCCUCAGAAGGAAGCAGCAGUCGACACCCUCUCGGAGAGGAAAUAUAAACACGGUUUCUGUGUUUGAGUCUGAGAUUAAAGAGCCUUGAAUUGAAAUACCUUUCACUUGCCUUGAGAACCACUGGCUCUUUCACAAGGUCUUUGACAGCUGGUUUGUGACCACACGUCAGUGGUGCAGUGGCACGGGGAUUUCAGACUGUUUUUUCAAGGCAUGACAAGCGAAUCCCACCGGUAUCGCGAUCAUCAUGGGACAGUUUUUUCUUCUCUGAAGUACCUUUCCUAUCACAGAGCACAAAAUUGCAAAAAGGUCAUCGAAACUAUCAAACAUGACCAGCAUUGAAUAUUCGACUCAAUGUCAUUUGAUGUUUCAGCAAAAGGCUUUUCCUUAUUUGAAUCUUUUGAAAGCAGGCGUUGUUGAUGUCCUGCUGUGCUUCAUGACCAGAUGUCUUUUUGAAAACACUGUGUGUACGCUUAGAUUGGCAAACGCUUGAAAGCUUUGCGUUGAUAGAUUCCUCAGGGGGUUGUGGGCUGUCCACACUCAUCAGAAAUAUCCCUGCUUGAGGUGAAAGAAACCAAACGAGGGGGAGAGAGGGAUGAUGGUAGUUGAUGCUUACAGGCGGCCGUGGCAAUCAAUCCACCACAGGUAGGGAGUAGAAAAGGAAGGUGGCUGAGGGAAAGGAAAUGUGAGUUUCCACAUCUGGAAGACUAGCUGAGGUUAUUUUCAGGGGUUGAGAAUGCUGAUUGAAACAUUACUUUAGGACUCUUCUGUCCAUAUAGAUUAGGUAACUUGUAAACCCAUUGUUAUAAAUACAAAUAAAUCACAGCAUUUAGAUUUUUGUGAAUAUUGUUCACAUAACAAGCAAUAUAGUCAGGCUGAUGGCCAUAUUGCUAAGCCACACACAUGUAACGAGUGAAUUAUCAUUGGUAAUUGUGUAAUACAUAAUUUAAAUAUUAAUGUAAUCUGAAAGAUCUUUAGUUAAUGUGUGAAUAAAAACAUGACUAGACCCUAGUCACAGUGCACAUGCCAUCAGUACUGAUAAGAUGGUGAGAACAAACAUGAAAGUGAGUGAGAACCUGAAUCAGUGCCUAUAAUAAAUCACCUUCAUAUAAACAGCUGCAGCACAAGCAUGAAUGUAGUUAAAAAUCAAACUACCAGCAAACAAACCUUCCAGGCAUCAGAGGGUUGAAGAAACCCUCAGGAAAGGACUUGUUGUAUUUUUAUUUUUGUAAUAAAAUCAGGCCAGGUAAAUAGGAGGUCAGUUGUUUUAGCAGCCAGGUAAAUUCUCUAAGGAUGGGCAUAUAAAAAAGCCACCUUCCUUCUCUUGUAAAAAACGAAAGCUGGUAGAAUUUACUUUUCUUUCUGUGGACUUGUGAUUUGUGCGAAACUGUAUCGCCUGCUUUAUGUAUUCCUUGUAGAGUUCCUCUCCAGAUUUAUGUUGAUCCUAACCCUCUUCCUGGAACACUGAACCUGAUCCAAACGUUUCUUUAGUCAGGAGUCUCCCUGUGUGUGUCAUGUUUUGUUCAGUUGGAUAUUUAGCCGUUGUGUAGUUUUACUAAGAUCUGUUUGCUGACAAAAGGAAUGAGGCGAACUCUGUUCCCUUUUCAUAAGUUUUGUAUCUUCUCCUCAAUGUCUGAGAGAUUGUAGUUUUGUAACUCUUCCAGGAAAGAUGUAUUUUAUUUGUUGUUAAACACAGUAAGAAUGUACUCCAGUGUUUCUCACCUGCUUCUUAUUUCAGCAGACAAUCAUGUCGCUAGUAGAUGUGGCCAUGUUUAAUUGACUUAGAAAUUGUGUUUGAAUCUCUUUAGUGCAAUGAUUUAAUGUCACAGAUCGACCCGUUCCUUUGAAUCCUAACAUGUAAUAGCUUUAAGAACCUGCUGCCGUAAUAUUAUUGCUUUGGUGUUUCCUUAUCUUCUGAGCCAUGAUGAAUUUCAACAUGUAGAGUGAUCAUUGAAGUAAUUCAGUAGUUGUUAAACAUUUGCAUCCAAUCCCUUGAUUCUGUCAUCAGGCAAUGUGAUGUUGAUAUCUAUUUGAAACGUCUUGCAGUGAAGUUUCAUCACAUGGUGGUUCCUUGUUUACCUGAAUCAAUAAAGGCUGUCGACUUGA